AAGAAUAUUUUAUUUUAUCAAAUAAUCAAUGAGAACACACAAAUAAAUAAAAGUUAUUGAGAUACCAGAAUAGUAACAAAGAAGAUCUUUCAGGGAUGGAGGGAUAAUAUAUGAUGUUUCAGAAACUAUUUUUAUAUGUUUGAUCCCUACUUCUUUCAAUUGAGUAAAACUAUAAGAUGUUAUGCAUUGCAGAAUUGAGUGAUCAAUCAUCAUGCAUUGCAGGAAAUGACGUUUACCACAGUACAAAGGCUCAACACAUUGGUAAAUCUGGGGAAUUUGAGCCAAGUGGCUCUGCACCUUGUGGUGCAUCAAAUGACACUAAUCAUUCAGGUGAAGUGUUCCUACGAACAAAUUGGCAAAUACAAGGAUACCUGAUGGAACAAGCUGGUUUAAUUGAGAAGCUCGGAAGCCCCUUCGUUUUAGAUUCAUUUGAUUCUAUCUUACAACAGCUCCAGAAACUGGCACCUGAGCUGCAUCGUGUUCACUUUUUGCGAUACUUAAAUAGCCUUUAUCACGAUGACUAUCCUACCGUUUUGCAAAACAUCAAUCGCUAUUUCGAUUACAGGGACUGAAGGAUGUGACUAUGUAGCUCCGCCUUCUUCUGCAGGCGGUAGCUUUGGGAGAUUCCAAGUUGCAUUGUUAUGUUUAGGAAUGGCACAUUUUCAUUUUGGCCACCCACAACAAGCUUUGGAGGUCUUAAGUGAAGCUGUUCGAGUUUCUCAACUGAACAGUGAUGAUGCAUGUCUUGCUUAUACAUUAACAACUAUUUGCAAGCUGUUGUCUAACUAUGGUCUUUCAAACACUACUGGUUUUAUUGGAUCAUCAUAUUCCCCAGUUGCCUAUUUAGGCACUUUUAUGUCAGUUCAACAGCAGUUAUAUGUUCUUUUGAAAAGUUCCUUGAAGCGAGCAGAACGUCAAAAGCUGAAACGAUUGGUGGCCUCUAAUCAUCUUGCAAUGGCUAAAUUCGACCUUACACACAUUCAAAGACCUUUGCUAUUGUUUGGCCCGAAGGCAUCCAUGAAACUCACAUCUUGUCCAAUCAAUGUCUGCAAGGAGCUGAGGUUAAGUUCUCAUCUAAUUACCGACUUUGGAGAUGAAAUGUCAACAAUGACCUCAGAUGGUGCUUUUUGUACGGCCUGGCUUAAUGAUUUGAAGAAGCCAAACAGUUGCCAUAUUUUUCAUCAGGAAAAUGAGUCGAUUAGUAAAGACAGGUUCCAUUUCUGUGCACAGCCUAGUUCCAUCCCUGGAUCAGUGUUGCAACUAGUAGGUUCAUCAUAUUUGGUUCGUGCCACUGCAUGGGAGGUCUAUGGCAGUGCCCCUCUUGCGCGAAUAAAUUCCCUGGUUUUUGCAGCCUGCUUUUCUGACUCAUCCAGUUCAGAGGAUGUUGGAUUGGCAUAUGCCAAACUGAUCCAGCAUUUGGCAGUAUAUAAAGGAUACAAAGAGGCAUUUGCUGCACUCAAAAUAGCGGAAGAGAAGUUUUUAUGCCUUUCAAAGUCAAGAGUCCAGCUUGUAAAGCUGCAGUUACUCCAUGAGCAUGCUUUGCAUCAGGGGCACCUAAAACUAGCUCAACGACUAUGUGAUGAGUUAGGCGCUUAUGCUUCUUCUGUAGCUGGAGUGGAUAUGGAGAUAAAGGCCGAAGCAAGCUUCCGCCAUGCACGGACAUUGCUUGCUGCGAAUCAGUCUAGCGAGGCAGCAGCUGUUGCACACACUCUUUUUUGCAUGUGCUACAAAUUCAGUUUGCAGGUUGAGAAUGCUACUACACUCCUCUUGCUGGCAGAGAUACACAAGAAAUCAGGAAAUGCUGUUUUAGGAAUUCCAUAUGCAUUAGCGAGCCUUUCCUUUUGCCAGUCUUUUAACUUGGAUCUUCUCAAAGCCUCAGCUACACUGACAUUGGCCGAGUUAUGGCUCUCACUUGGGUCAACUCAUGCAAAGAGGGCUUUGAGUCUCCUACACACCUCUUUUCCUAUACUUCUCGGUCAUGGUGGUCUUGAGCUUCGUGCUAGAGCCUUCAUUGUUGAAGCAAAGUGCUAUCUAGCAGACUCGAGCUUUUCAGUACAUGAUGAACCAGAGACUGUGCUUCAACCAUUAAGGCAAGCUUCUGAAGAUUUGGAACGUCUAGAGUACCAUGAGUUGGCUGCUGAAACUUUUUACCUGAUGGCCGUGAUCUAUGACAAGUUGGGAAGGAUAAAUGAGAGGGAAGAAGCUGCAUCCAUGUUUAAAGAACACAUCUUGGCUCUAGAGAAACCUUUGGAUGAUGAAGAUCCUCAGGUCAGUUGAUUAGUUAUUGUACCAUGAAGAAAAAAAGGUGUUAAUUAGUUAUUGUACCCCCCCCCCCCCAAAAAAAAAAAGAAGGUUCUAAAUUGACUAAUUUUAGAGUCAUGACAUUGAAGAGUGUCUUCUGGUGUUGUGAUACAAUUCAGAAACAAAAUGGAGAUAAAUAGUGAAUGUAUUUGGGCACUGUUUGGAGGGAAAAAAAGAUUUGGAAAAUGCUGUGUGAAGGUGGUUUAUGCAUAGAGUGCUUCUUUGCAUAUCAAUUUUGUGGAUCUUUCCAUAUAAAAGCAUCUUUUUUUAGUUUUUUAUUUAAGAAAAAAAUGUUUAUUUA